GAGGUUACGUGAAUGCAUCAUUGUUCCACCCUGAGAGGCUGGCAAAAAGCCUUAUUUCACAAUAGCAUACCGAUGCACGCACAACAAAACAAAUGCACUGAAAUUACCCGUAGUCCUCAUCGUGUCUGCUCACCAAAAACAAACAAUUAAAGAUACCGUUCCUACUUUGGAGAAAAACUUUGUCUGAUAACUAAAAUCGGCUUCGUUGGCAAGCUAAGCUAACAGGAAGAGCUAACGACACUUGUGAAACUCCGCUUGAUAUCCUCCCUACCAGACUGCUGGACCUGACAGAUCCAGCGAUGUGAGCAGUUCUGAUGAGCAUCCUAUUGAGUCCCAUCUACGUCUGGUUGAGACAUCUUUUCAUCUGCACUGGAGGAGCACAGAGUAACAAGCGCUACAGCCGGAUUAGCUGAAUAGGUGUAUGUUGCUGAGAGUUGGAGGAUAACUCCACAACGAUGCCUUUGGGAUUGGGAAGAAGGAAGAAGGCAUCCCCGCUGGUUGAGAAUGAGGAAGGGGAGCCCAUCCGAGCCGGCCUCAAUGUGGCAGGGAUGGACGGGCUGGAUGGAGGUGUGGUUGGACUUGGAGAAGGUGCUGCCUCAGAGGGUCUUCCUCCUCCCCCGAACAGCAUGAGACCUCGGCUCAUCUUCCACACGCAGCUCGCUCACGGAAGCCCCACAGGCCGCAUCGAGGGCUUCAGUAAUGUUCGGGAGCUUUACGCUAAGAUUGGCGAGGCCUUUGGGAUACCUGCAUCAGAGGUUAUGUUUUGCACACUCAAUACACAUAAGGUGGACAUGGAUAAGCUGCUGGGAGGUCAGAUCGGGCUGGAGGACUUCAUUUUUGCCCAUGUUAAAGGUCAGAAGAAAGAAAUAGAAGUGUUCAAAGGGGAAGACGCUCUGGGUCUGACAAUCACUGAUAACGGAGCAGGCUAUGCUUUUAUCAAGAGAAUCCGUGAGGGGAGCAUCAUCCACCAAAUCCAGGUCAUCAACGUUGGGGACAUGAUCGAGUCCAUCAACGGCCAUCGCCUCAUCGGCUGUCGACACUACGAAGUUGCCAAAAUGUUGAAGGAGCUUCCGAGGGGGAAGAUGUUCACCAUCAAGCUGGUGGAACCUCUCAAAGCUUUCGACAUGAUCGGUCAGAGGUCUGGAGGCUCCAGAUCAGGAUCAGGGGUUCAGCUGGGCACGGGCAGAGGAACCCUUCGCCUGCGCUCCAAAGGUCCCGCUACGGUGGAGGAGCUGCCUUCUGCGUUUGAAGAAAAGGCCAUCGAGAAAGUGGAUGACCUGCUGGAGAGUUACAUGGGCAUCAGGGACAGCGAGCUGGCUGCCACCAUGGUGGAGCUGGGAAAAGACAAGAAGAACCCAGACGAGUUCGCUGAAGCUCUAGAUGAAACUCUGGGAGAUUUUGCCUUCCCAGAUGAGUUUGUUUUUGACGUGUGGGGCGCCAUCGGAGACGCCAAGGUCGGACGGGUGUAACAUCAGAAACUAAUGAGGCUUGAAGACGUCUGUGUAGGUUUUACAUGCACUACUAGAACACACUACCACCAUAAGGUUUUUAAAAAAAAGAAUCCCAGUGUACACUCCUCCUACUUUUGUGCUUCACAUUUUUGGGAGUUGAUCCAGAAACACGGAGAGGAAGGCAGCGCCUUCUGUCUUCCUGCUUUUCCAGAGCACACUAGCACACCAGGGAGCAUUUCCCUCAUCGAAAUGACCAUGCAUGUCGUAGAUGCUCGUCGUGGAACAAAACAGAACUGACCUCUGAAACGUGAGAACCAUGAGAUCUGUGGAGUUCUCCAGCUUGCACUGUGCCGCCCGCGCAGCGUUGCUAACCAGGAAUAGAGACAAACACGGGGUUGCACUGCACCUGUACCAGUGUUUUUGUUCUCGUCGUUCUGAGCAUGUGCUGUUACCUUUUAAUCUCUUCUCAUCAUGAAAUCAUGUUGUCAUAGGUCAAAACAGAAAAUAGAUGGUUUCAGGGGAGGUUGUAGAAAAGUUGUAGCUGUUAACUGAAAAGAUGUUUUGUUUUUCUUGCUGUAAGUGAGGAUGGCUGCACCUAACUUUCUGCUUUUCAUGGAUUUUUUUUUCAUCAGCUUUCUAAGAAAACCAGUGUUAACCAGAAGCAGACAGGUUUCCAGGUUUGUCGAUUUAUUUUUUUAUAGUUAGUGUUUUUUUAUAUAUAUAUAUAUAUAAAUAUAUAAAGUGAUGUGAUGUUUAUUUUAAAAGAGAAAAUGUGUAACAGGAGAAUUUGUGUUGCAACUUUAUAACACAACAGUAUUAAGUACAGAAAAAAGGUUCUAAUUUCAUACAUUUUUCGUGAGUUUUAGUUUAAAAACCUGAAGCACGACGAGAAACUUUAGUUGUGUUGAUGACGGGAUGAUGUUGCACCAACUUCAGUUUAAGUUAAAGAUGACAAAGUCGGUGUAGCCUCAUGUGAGAAGCUGUUUUUCCUUCAUUCCUCAGAGUUAAUGAAUUCCCAAAUGGGUGAUGUAAUGAAACUGAUGCUCAAACACUGUAACACUAGGAACAUUAAUUUGUUGGCUUUGUUUACACUGUUGUCCAAAUAUAUUGCAAUAACAACA